CAGCGCACCGCAACGACUCCUGCGAGCACUUGGGCACUCCCGGCUUUUAUUUGGACGUUUCCUACUUCUCUGUCAUGACAAAAACUUCUUCCUCUUCUCAAUUGAACUCUUCCACAUUCUGGACAAAUGGUCUCAUCUUAAAUUUCUUGGAAUAAUGGAUGACUUCCGCUGGAUUCCUUUGUACGGGUGGAUUUAACGCUGAUUGGUUUGCAUCAGAUCAGUUGUGCCUUAAAAAACAACAACAACAACAACAACAACAAAAAAGCAUGGAGCUUUCUUUGGGAAUUCAUCUAUUAACAGCUUUGGUUUCGUGUGUUAAGGUUUAUGCCCAAGUGGUGCAUCAUCUAAAGCAUCCAGGCCUGCAGGUGUUGUCCACGGCCUCCCAUUAUUGGCCUCUGGAUGCCGUGGACGGGAUCCACGGACUGUGUGACCAAAUUGGAAACAGACCAGGUUAUGUUAACGGAAGUAAUAUAAGUGUGAAUCACAUCACUGUCCCUCCGUUGUCUUUGUCCAGCUCUCAGAAUCCACAAGCACACUGUGCUCCCCUCCUCCCAUAACACUUCCUAUGUGUAUACCAAUGACUCUGCCUACACUAACAUUUCUGCAACAGUAGAUAUUGUUGAAGGAAUGGUCAACAAUGGCAUUUUCCUGAAUGGAGACAGCGGUGGCACUUUUCUCCACUUUGGAAGCUACCAGAACUCUUGCAUUAGCGACCCCACUCUGUGUGGCCCUGAUGGAAUUACCUUCUCCUUUUUUUGGAAGAACCAUGAAGCAGAAUCGCGUUUUGCUGUCGCAUCUGGAGGAAAAGUCAUCUCUAAUGGCUUCUCCGUCUACACCAACCCCCUCGGGGGGUACGUGGAGUUCUACACUCGAGGCAACAACCACAGAUGGAAAGCCAAUAUCGGAGUUCCAGGGCCUUAUUGGACCCACAUUCUCUUCACGUGGCAAAAGUCAGCCGGUCUGAAGGUUUACAUAAACGGCACCUUCACCGCCGGCGACGAGAGCGGCAGUAUUUCCGAAAACUACGGCGACCCCUACUCCGACCUGGUCAUCGGGACCGGCAAUGACAGGGCGUACGGCCACUACAUCACCGGGGCCUUUGACGAGUUCGUCAUCUGGGAAAGAGCCCUUCUGCCCACCGAGAUCUUUCUCUACUACAGUGCCGCUAUAGGUCACGCUGUAGAGUCCGCCGCAACCCCUCGCGUCUUCCAAGAACUACCUGUCGCCACGACAACCGCGGGAGCCGUCGAAGCGAGUCCUCCCGUCGUCAGCGGUUUGCACGAGGAGGUCCAAAGCUCCCGGGAUCCGGAGUCUCUGCCAGUUUUGGGCUUCCUGAAGGCUCUGCCCAAUAGGACCAUUCCUCACGACGCGGCCGGCAACCUGACGCAGGCUUUUCUCCAAAAUGUGGAAGAAGUGCUGUCGUCUCCAGGGUUACCGGAGCAGUCCGGGCCUGUGGUCAGCGGUUUGAUCGAAACGGUGGACCGCGUCAUGGAGCACAUGGUGGCCAACUUGGAGUCCGGCCCCGACGCGCUCAUCUCGCUGGGAGGAACGUCGUUUGUCGCAGAUUAUUCUUUGCUGAAAUUGCCGCAGAACUACAAUUUGCCACAUUACCGCUUCCCCACGCAGGGGAAGAACUACAUAUCUGUACCUGGGGAAGCUUUCACUACGCAGGCUCAAACCACCAUCGUCGGCCUCUUUUACCACAACAUGCACAGCUACUACAAAGAAAUCAGCCCCGUCAAGACCAGGAUUAACGAAGCCGCUAAUUUUAAGGCCCAUAAAAUCCAGGUAGCGAGCUGUUUGAUCUCUCUGAACGUGGCGCCAUCCCCCGCCCUGUCGGUCAACCUCUCCGGUGCACCUCUCAUCAAGAUCGUUCUUACCCACAUUCUGAGUGAAGAACAGCAGGAACAAAUGUUAAAUCAAAGCAAUAAAAUCUUCCUGUACUGCGCCUUCCUGGACUACAGUUCCAAGGAGGGAGUAUGGUCCAAUCAAGGUUGCGUGCGUUCAGAGGGAAACGUGAGCUACUCGGUGUGUUUGUGCAACCACCUGACCAACUUUGCCAUUCUUAUGCAAGUGGUUCCCUUGAAGCUCACCGCAGGCCACCGGGUGGCGCUGUCAACCAUCGGCUACGUCGGAUGCUCCAUUUCCAUUUUCUGUCUGGCCAUCACGCUUGUCACGUUUGCAGUCCUGUCGUCGGUGAGUACCAUCCGCAACCAGCGCUACCACAUCCACGCCAACCUGUCGUUUGCCAUCCUGGUGGCCGAGAUCUCGCUGCUCAUCAGCGCCGGCUUCGACCCGGGAACGCUGCCUUGUAAGAUCAUGGCUGUCCUGCUUCACUUCUUCUUUCUGAGCGCGUUCACCUGGAUGCUGGUGGAGGGCCUCCACCUCUACAGCAUGGUGGUCAAGGUGUUUGGUUCCGAAGGCAGUAAGCACAUGUACUACUACGGCAUCGGUUGGGGCUCUCCGCUGGUGAUCUGCGCGGUGUCCGUCACAUCAGCUUUGGGGAGUUACGGCGAGGUUGACAACUGCUGGCUGUCCCUGAAGAACGGAGCCAUCUGGGCCUUUGUGGCACCGGCUCUCUGCGUCAUUGUGGUCAACGUUGGCAUUUUGAUAUCGGUCACCCGAAUAAUAUCUCGCAUCAGUGGAGAGAAUUACAAGGUUCACGGGGAUGCCAAUGCGUUGAAGCUCACCGCAAAGGCCGUGGCCGUACUUUUGCCCAUACUCGGCAUUUCCUGGAUCUUUGGAGUUUUAGCUGUUAACACGCACUCCUUGCCUUUCCUUUACGUCUUUGCCAUUUCCAACUCUUUGCAGGGUUUCUUCGUCUUCCUGUUUCAUUGUCUCCUUAACUCUGAGGUCAGAGCAGCUUUCAAACACAAGACCAAAGUGUGGUCUCUCACCAGCAGCUCCACGCGAAACAUCAACGUGAAGCCCUUCAACUCUGACAUUAUGAAUGCAAACAAGGAGGGCGUAUCCCCCGCUAAGAUGAACACAUGGGACAAAAGCACCAACUCGGCCAAUCGUAUUGACCUCUCGGCAGUGUAGACCGCCGCGUUGUCGGUGCGCGGGCACCAGUGCGGGUUGCCGAGCGUCUGCAAAAGUAUUUCCGCACGAUUUCACGUGAUUGACAAGUCACCGCGGUCAGAGCGAAGGGGAUGCCGAAUGGGCCGCCCGCGUGUCGCCGCGCCUCUCACGACGGUCUCAUUUAUUGUCACAUCGCGUGAGAGAUGGGAGGUCAGUGAGGUCACAGAGAUAUAGCAUCAUUCGGUGUCUUGACUAUGACACUCUGUGCAGCAGAGCGUCUCCAUUUGCAUGUCGACCUGUUUCUAUGUUCGCAGCCGUCCGUUUCAUUUUCGGAUGUUUCUUCUCUCUGCUUUGAAACGUCUUCCUCGGUCUGACGACGACGGGGAAAGUGACCUCGUUUCCUUGGGUGUCCUUUCCACGCCUUCAAAACAAUACACGUACUGUAGCUUUUGGAGACGUCAGCUGCCAAAAUAACACAGCACGACGUCGCAGUAAAUUGAACCGUGCCUUCUCUUGAUAUGACAUACGGUAUUUAUUUUGUCUGUUCCGUGUCUUUUCCUAUGUGUAUGCUGUAUGUUUGUGUUUUGUUUCCACUCUUGGCAAGAUGCAGUAUGCGAUGUUCUCUUAAGGAUAGGAAAUACUUGUGUGUUUUUGCAGCUUUCGGAUUAAGAAAAAAAAAAAAACAGGGUUCACUGUGUCUUUAAGCACUCGCAUGUCAAAUUGGAAUUGAAAUAUUGCAGCCGUUCAGUUUUGUAUAUGACUUUCAUUGCUUUUAUUAUCGAACUAUGCUAUGUUUUGUUUUUGCCUCCAAUUAUCUUUAUUAAAAUGUUUGAGACACAAA